GUUUGUAGUUGAAUGUUGGCAAUAAUAGUCGCUGGACAUCUCCAAAAAUUUUGAUGUACUUUUCCUCAGUAGAUUACAAAAACAUAUGCAUGUUGAGUUAAAAAUAGUGUACUUGUCGUUAAUAUACCAAAAACUUUUGAUUUUAAUUAGCUGAUUAAUGUUAUGGAUAUAUCUUGAAAGAGAAUUGUUUUCAAGUUCCAGAAAGUACCCUUGAAUGAUUGUAGGUUGAAGGCAACUGAAAAAUGAGUGAAAAUACAGUUAAUAGUGCCCGAAGACCAAAUUUUUCUAAUAUUCCUCAGAAUGGAAUUAGAAAUAUGAACCUCAUUAACAUUAAGCCUACUGCGAAGAAAUUAAUAAUCAAGAACCUCAAGAGUGAACCAAAACUUCCAGAUGAUUAUCGCGAGCAGACAUGGGAAAAACUCAAAAGUGCUGUCUUAGCUAUCCAGCAGUCCAAACCUAAUCAGUAUUCUCUGGAAGAAUUAUACCAAGCAGUAGAAAAUAUGUGCAAUCAUAAAAUGGCCCCGACGUUGUAUACCCGGUUAUAUAAUCUAACUGAAAAUCAUGUAUCUCAUAAUAUAGAGCAAUUCCUAGCUGAAUCAAUGGAUAGAUUUCUGUUCUUAAAGAAGAUGAAUGAAACUUGGUUGGCCCACUGUAAUCAAAUGAUAAUGAUUAGAAGUAUAUUUCUUUACUUGGAUAGAACGUACGUUCUUCAGAAUCCGAAUAUCUUGUCUAUUUGGGAUAUGGGACUUGAGUUAUUUAGUAAAUAUAUUAUUUUGAACACUUUAGUGCAAACUAGAGUUGUGGAAGGCUUAUUAAUGUUGAUAGAGAAGGAAAGAAAUGGUGAUAAAGUUGACAGAACUCUCCUCAAAUCCCUUUUGAGGAUGUUGACUGAUUUACAAAUAUAUGAUAAGGCUUUUGAACAGAAAUUUUUACAAUCUACGGAACGUCUGUAUGCAGCUGAAGGACAAAGGCUCAUGCAAGAAUUGGAGGUUCCAGACUACUUAGCGCACGUAGAUAAAAGAAUCCAAGAAGAAAAUGAGCGAGUACUACAUUAUUUGGAUUCCGGCACCAAAUAUCAGCUAAUACAUACAGUAGAAAAACAAUUACUUAGUGAACAUGUUACUAAUGUACUCCAAAAAGGACUGGAACAAUUAUUAAAUGAAAAUAGAACAAGUGAUUUGACUUUAUUAUACCAAUUAUUAAGCCGUGUUAAGAAUGGACUUGUCGAGUUGUGUACAUCUUUUAACGGAUAUAUUAAAAAGAGGGGGAAAACUAUUGUAAUUGAUCCCGAGAAAGAUAAAACAAUGGUUCAAGAACUUUUAGAUUUUAAAGAUUCUAUGGAUAACAUAGUCAUUACAUGCUUUAAUAAAAACGAGAAAUUCGGAAAUUCUCUCAAAGAGGCCUUUGAACAUUUUGUAAAUCAAAGAACCAACAAACCAGCAGAAUUAAUUGCAAAAUUUGUAGAUUCUAAGUUGCGUGCUGGGAAUAAAGAAGCAACUGAAGAAGAAUUAGAAAGACUUCUUGAUAAAAUAAUGGUGCUUUUUCGCUUUAUUCAUGGCAAAGAUGUAUUUGAAGCCUUUUACAAGAAAGAUUUAGCGAAAAGACUCCUUGUAGGAAAAUCCGCGAGUGUAGAUGCUGAAAAAAGUAUGCUUAGUAAACUGAAACAAGAAUGUGGUGGAGGAUUCACUUCCAAAUUGGAGGGAAUGUUUAAAGAUAUGGAACUUAGUAAAGAUAUAAAUGUGGCCUUUAAACAACAUUUAAAUGUUAAUACUCGAAAUCUAGCACCUAUAGAUAUGACAGUGAGCAUUCUCACAAUGGGCUAUUGGCCGACUUAUCAAGCUUUGGAUGUCACCCUACCUGAUCAGAUGGUGCGAUUUCAGGAUAUUUUUAAGGAUUUCUAUCUCAGCAAGCAUAGUGGAAGAAAACUCCAGUGGCAACCCACUCUGGGCCAUUGUGUAUUGAGAGCCACAUUUAAAACAGGACCAAAGGAAUUAGUUGUUUCCUUAUUUCAAACAUUGGUUAUUUUAUUGUUUAAUAAAUACGAUGAAGUUACUUUUGAAUACAUUAAAGCAGCUACUAAUAUAGAAGAUGGAGAACUGCGACGAACCCUUCAGUCCUUAGCCUGUGGUAAAGCUAGAGUUCUCAAUAAACUUCCCAAAGGAAGAGACAUUGACGACUGCGAUAAAUUUAGAUUUAAUAACGAGUUUACUAAUAAGUUGUUCCGAAUUAAAAUUAAUCAAAUUCAAAUGAAGGAAACUACUGAAGAACAGAAAGCUACCGAAGAGAGAGUAUUUCAAGACAGACAGUAUCAAAUUGACGCUGCAAUUGUGCGUAUUAUGAAGAUGAGGAAAACACUUGGUCACAAUUUGCUUAUCAGCGAGUUGUAUUUACAACUUAAAUUUCCAGUAAAGCCUGCAGAUUUGAAAAAACGCAUUGAGUCCCUAAUCGAUAGAGAUUAUAUGGAACGUGAUAAAGACAACCCCAAUCAAUACAAUUACGUCGCUUAAGUAGCAAGUUCAUAUUGUCCUAUCAAUAUCUCCAAGAUUUCGGAUAAAAAAUAUCUAGUCCAGUUAAAGUUCUGGAGUUUUUCUAUACCUAAUGUACAUAAUGAUUUAGUUUAAUUUAUUUUAUGUGUCCUGAAAAUAAUGAAAUUUUAAUUAUUAUAAUAUUUUAAUUAGGAAAACUGCAUCAAAACCAGUCAACUAUUGACAAGUUUGACAUAAAGAUUGCAUCCAAGCUAUUAGUACUAUAACAAAAAUAUCUUUAUUGUCAAACACGAAAUUAGCAUGAAUUUAAAUUAUGAUCGAAAAGUAAUUGUCGGAGUUGAUUGUGCCCAUAAUAAAAAGUCUACAUUUUACUUUUCUAACCGAUACCCUAUCUAUAGUAAAUCUACACUGCUGGGUUUUGUUUAGGCUGAACAUUUGGAAGGUACGACAAUUGUUAUUAAAUUUUAUAUAUUUUCUUUGUACACUCAAACAUAUGGUUUUGUUACAGAUUAUUUAUUAAAAUAUACUUGAAUUUAUAUCA